AUGGAGAAAGAUAUGCAACCGAUCAUCAUCAUAGGUUCUGGCAUGGCGGGUUAUACCCUUGCAAGAGAAUUUCGUAAGUUAAACACCGAACAGGAAUUGGUGAUGAUUUGCGCAGAUGAUGCGGUGAAUUAUGCAAAACCUACCCUAUCUAAUGCAUUGGUUGGGAAAAAAGCACCUGAACAAAUUGGUUUAGGCGAUGCUGAAAAGAUGAGUACCCAACUGAACAUGCGGAUUGAAAAAGAGACAUGGGUUAAAAGUAUUGAUGCAGAGAAACAUGAAUUAACCCUUGAAAAAGAUGGACAACCUUCAACUCAAGGCUACUCAAAACUUAUUCUUGCCGUGGGCGCAAAUCCAAUUCGAUUAGCGAUUGCUGGGGAUGGAAGUGAUGAUAUUCAUGUGGUUAACUCACUAAUUGACUAUCGUGCAUUCCGUGAAACUUUAGACAAUUGCAGCACGGGUGAAUGUGGCAACAAACGUGUGGUAAUUUUAGGCGCAGGCUUAAUUGGUUGUGAAUUUGCCAAUGACUUACAAAAUACUGGGCAUCAGGUUACGGUGAUCGACUUAGCACCACAACCUUUAGGGCGUUUAUUGCCUAAUCAUGUUGCACAAGCAUUUAAAGACAAUCUUGAACAAUCAGGAAUUAAAUUUGCCUUGGGUACCACUGUAGAAAAAGUUUCUAAAUCUGAGCGUGGUUAUAUCGUUUCAUUGGCCAGUGGUCAGUCCUUGCUCGCGGAUGUUGUGCUUUCUGCAAUUGGCUUACAACCUAAUAUUGCCUUGGCUAAAGCUACGGAAAUCAACACCAGUCGUGGUGUCAUUACCAAUACCUUGCUCGAAACCAGUCAAGCAGAUAUUUUUGCCAUCGGUGACUGUGCCGAAGUGAAUGGAACACUCUUGCCAUUUGUCAUGCCAAUCAUGCAACAAGCGCGUGCAUUAGCCAAAACCUUGAGUGGACAAACCACCACUGUACACUACCCUGCAAUGCCAGUCGCGGUGAAAACCCCAGCUGCACCUUUGACUGUACUUCCUGCUCCAAUUGAUGUAGAUGUUACAUGGGAGAAUGAAGAGUUUGAAGAUGGGAUGUUAUCUAAAGCAACAGAUGCUGAAGGUGCAACUGCUGGAAAACAGCGUUUAACAUUAACAAAACUGGUUCCAGACUUGAUUCCUGCAUCCGUUUAA